GGGUCUCGGGGGGGAUAAAAGCGCCCGUGGGGGUCCCGCUCCCACCGCUCCCCCCGCGCCCGGUACCGGCCCGACCCCGACCCGACCCCGCCGAGAGAGACAAGUGUCCCCAAGAUGCCGUUCAGCAACACCCACAACAAGUACAAGCAGAAGUUCUCGGCCGAGGAGGAGUUCCCGGACCUGUCCAAGCACAACAAUCACAUGGCCAAGGUCCUGACCCCCGCCCUGUACCAGAAACUCCGCGACAAAGAGACCCCCAGCGGCUUCACCCUCGAUGACGUCAUCCAGACCGGCGUGGACAACCCCGGCCACCCGUUCAUCAUGACCGUGGGCUGCGUGGCCGGUGAUGAAGAAUCCUACGAGGUUUUCAAGGAACUUUUCGACCCCGUGAUCCAGGACCGGCACGGGGGCUACAAACCCACGGACAAACACCGCACCGACCUCAACCACGAGAACCUCAAGGGGGGCGAGGACCUGGACCCCAAAUACGUCCUGAGCAGCCGCGUCCGCACCGGCCGCAGCAUCAAGGGCUACUCCCUGCCCCCGCACUGCAGCCGCGGCGAGCGCCGCGCCAUCGAGAAGCUCUCCGUCACCGCCCUGAACAGCCUGGACGGGGAGUUCAAGGGUCGUUAUUACCCCCUGAAGGCGAUGACGGAGCAGGAGCAGCAGCAGCUCAUCGAUGACCAUUUCCUGUUCGACAAACCGGUGUCACCGCUGCUGCUGGCCUCGGGCAUGGCCCGCGACUGGCCCGACGCCCGUGGCAUCUGGUGGGUGUCCCCAAAUGUCACCAGUGUCCCCAAAUGUCACCAGGUGUCACCAGGUGUCACCAGGUGUCACCCAGAUAUCCCCAGUGUCACCCAAAUAUCCUCAAUGUCCCCAGUGUCACCCCUGCUGCUGGCCUCAGGCAUGGCCCGCGACUGGCCCGACGCCCAUGGCAUCUGGUGGGUGUCCCCAAAUGUCACCAAAUGUCACCUGGUGUCACCCAAAUGUCACCCAGAUAUCCCCAGUGUCACCCAAUGUCACCCAAAUAUCCUCAAUGUCCCUGGUGUCACCGCUGCUGCUGGCCUCGGGCAUGGCCCGCGACUGGCCCGACGCGCGUGGCAUCUGGCACAACGACAACAAGACGUUCCUGGUGUGGGUGAACGAGGAGGAUCACCUGCGCGUCAUCUCCAUGGAGAAGGGAGGGAACAUGAAGGAGGUGUUCAGGCGCUUCUGUGUGGGGCUCAAAAAGAUCGAGGAGAUCUUCAAGAAGGCGGGGCACCCCUUCAUGUGGACGGAGCACCUGGGCUACAUCCUCACCUGCCCGUCCAACCUGGGCACGGGGCUGCGCGGGGGCGUCCACGUGCGGCUGCAGCACCUGAGCCAGCACCCCAAAUUCGAGGAGAUCCUCAAACGCCUGCGCCUGCAGAAACGGGGGACAGGUGGGGUGGACACGGCCGCGGUGGGCGCGGUGUUCGACAUCUCCAACGCCGACCGCCUGGGCUUCUCGGAGGUGGAGCAGGUGCAGAUGGUGGUGGACGGCGUCAAGCUCAUGGUGGAGAUGGAGAAGAAGCUGGAGCAGAAGCAGCCCAUCGACGACAUGAUCCCCGCCCAGAAAUAGGGGAGGGGGCUUCACCGGGACCCCCCGAGACCCCCCGAGACCCCCCCGGGACCCCCCAAUAAACGCUGCCGGUCCCCA